UACUCUGUAGAAAAAGGGGAAAGUUCCCGAGAAGUCAGGCACAUAUGUAUUUAUUUAUUUUGCAGUAUUUUAGAAAACAUUGGAUUCGGAGUUGAAUACUAGUAAAAAAAAGUAGAGCAGGAUAGAGCUACCUUUUUCAUAUUUGCACAUUUCAUCUGUUUUUCACAUUUACUUUCUUGCGUGCUAAGUGUGUUUACAUAAUCCAGGAAAUUAAAACAACUAAAAACCCGAAUUCGGGUUAAAUCUGAGCUGAAUUUAGCAUAUUUCCGAAUGCUCUCCUCAUUCACAUAACAAAAAUUGCAUAAUUUGAGAAAACUAAUGUGAUUAAAAUGAACACAUUCUCAUCAUUCGAGGACAGUUUAUUUUCUUCGUACUGUAUCGACCCUCCGCCAGACCCGCGACCAAACUGGGAUUGGACGGCGGGUCAUGGCGAGAGAUUCGUUAACCUCCUACGGACCGGAUUUCGACAUGAUUUAACCCUUCAUGUUCGCCCGGAAGGAGUAAAGAUUCCCGUCCAUCGAAUCUUCCUACAGGGUGCCUCGUCGGUUCUGGACGAGAAGAUAAAUCCUGCCAUGAACGAAUUAAUUGUGGACAAUGUGAACAGCCAUAUUUUGAAGAUGCUCGUUAAGUAUUUGUAUACUGGGAGGUCGGACGUUGUGGAGGUGGCCGACGUGCCGAAAUUAAUCUUGGCUGCGGCACAAUUUAAAAUCCAUGGUUUAUGGGAGGAAUGCGCUAUCCUGCUGAAGGAAGAGCGUGGUUUGGAACACGUGUUGUCAUUAUUUCAAAGUGGGAUGGAACAUGCUUACGGGGAUGUUAUCCAGUCAACCCUGAAACUAAUUUGCAUAAAUGCGAGACAAGUUUUGAAAUCUGAGGAAUUUCUGAAUCUCCGAUUUGACUGCUUGAUUGAAAUUAUACAGCAGGAUUCACUCAAAGUAGCAAACGAGGUGGAAAUCUUUGAGGCUGUCUAUCGCUGGGGCUUGGCUGAAUGUGCGCGUCGCUCUCUGGAUCCCAGUAACCCUGAAAAUCUCAGAUUUUGUCUCGCCAAACCGUUGAAUUAUAUCAGAUUCCCGCUAAUGGAUCCCGAAGAGUACACUCUAGUCGUGUCAACCAAAAAACUACUCAGCCUUGAGGACUCUGUCGAACUGCUGACCACUUUUCUGCUUCCGCCGGAACGGAGAAAGCUGCUCCCAGCGGGAAAAUUUAUUUCAAAUCCGCGCCUCUACAUAAGCCUCGGAGGUACUGGAAUCGUUAUCGGUCGGCACUUUACUGGCGGUUCCAGACAAGUAAACAGUAUCCUUGUCGCAUCUGGAAAUCCAAAUGGGAGCGAAACCAUCACUCCUGAAGUCGAUUUCCGUUCCGAAGAAACUUUUCCAAAUUCACGGGCCAGCCUACGUCUACAGCUACCAUUCCGUAAAAGCCGCCAUCGUCGCCUCUGGUCGCAGCGUGGCUCCCAACCGGAUCAUUAAUGAUGACAAAGAUCCCGACUUUUUGCGAAUUUCGGUCGAUCCUCCGUUCGAACUUGGCGCCGAUGUGAUCCUUACCCUCUCAUUUACCGGUAAUUUAGGCUACCAUCAAACGACUGGAAAUUCCUAUAAUUGGACGAAUAUUAAACCGGGAGAUCUCUUCCCUUCCGACGGGUACAACAGGGUGGUCACGAACUACGGGAAUUUCGUCAGCAUGUCCGAAUUCGGUGUGGAGAUUCGCAUCGAACGCGGUCUUUGGGAUGGGCUUCCGGUAAAUUGUGGAUUAAUGGAAAGGCUGGAAUUUGACGUGGCCUGAUUUCCUAGUUGUUAAAAUAUCUUGAUCUAAUGAACGUAUGUAUUCACGGAAAUAUUCGUAGAUGGAGCACAGUAUAAUAGUACUUUGGGAAAUUUGGCAAAAUUUUCGUAAAAUAUUCGCUGGUAAGGGAUAUGAUUAUUUCUCAACUUUGCCUAGCAAAUGGGCCUGUUGUUAACUCGCAAGAUUACUUCGUAAAUUCGCUAUUUGAAUGCUGUAUUUGUAAAUAUUGCGACAUGGAAACAAAAUGAAAAUCGGAACUGUAUAGGAACCCACUCGUGAGAUUUGCGAAAUAAUAUUUAGCUAAUUUCUAUCUCUCUCUCGUCACGAAACAGAUUUUAUAUUAGCACAGUGAAGACAGAAGCAUUAUUUUCAAUUUAUUCAAUGUUAUUCGUAAUUUUUGCAAUUUGUAACGCAGGUAAUUUACUAUAAAGGAGUACAAACGUUUUUUAGUUUCGUUUAUUGAUCGAGAAUUUUUUAGUGUCAAUAAUAAUUAAUAAAUACGUAAAUACAAAUUAAUUAUUAUUUUACAAUAAAAUAUGAUAAAUAUCCGAAAACUUCCUAAUACCAAUAUGCGUAAUAUGGUGUAGAUUUGUUAGAAAACUAUGCUUAUAGUGUAAAUACUUAUUUACCUGUUACUGAGAG